CAAAGAUGCAGCAGUGUUUGGGAAGUUAGUUGGAUGUGGUGCAAGCUGCUGACCUGUGCUGGGACGUGUGUGUCUGAGCGGCUUUUAACAUGUGGAAGAAAAACAAACAACCGGAGUAACUUUAAGAUUUUAAUCAAUAACUUGCAGAGAAAGAUUUUUACUGAGGACAAUAGUCGUCGGGAGGAAAGAAGUUGGUGAAUUUGCUCCAGAGGCCUGAGUGCCAUGCCAGAGGGGUCCCAUUCUGCUCUCCACCAGGGCCCAAUGGGGGAAGAAUCUCCUCAGUUGUCCUCGCGCCUCUCCACCAGUGAACAUGACCAGGCGAACGUUGACUUGGGCCCAGACUGUUACAGCCGGCUAUAUGUGGAGCCGCUGGACGGAGAGGGUGAACGUCCAGUGAGCCUGGUGUCCACCCUGUCCUCUGGUUCAUCCCGCGACAGUCACAGCAUUUUCGGGAGCACCGUGGCCCUUCCUUCCUCCACCACUCCGCCCAUACAGAGCGAGGAGGACAUAGACUUGGAGCUGAGCCCAGCCGAAAGCACCGGAGAGCGGGCAAGGGACCGGAGUCCCACCCUCACAAGCUCCAGGGGCCGCUGGCAGGAACGGCUGGAGCCCAGGGUGCUCAGCAACCAGUGGCACAACAACAGGAAGACAACUCGGGAAAUACCUCACUUCCCCGCCUCGCCUGUCGUCACGCACGCCAUGGCGCCCAACCCAAAGCUUACCUAUGUGGACCGUGUUGUCAUGGAGAUCAUUGAGACCGAGCGCAUGUACGUCAAGGACCUGCGCAGCAUCGUGGAGGACUACUUGGCUCACAUUAUCGAUAUGAGUAACCUUCCUAUACGGCCAGAGCAAGUGUGUGCCCUGUUUGGAAACAUAGAGGACAUCUAUGAGUUCAACAGUGAACUGCUGCAGUCCUUAGACAUGUGUGAGAACGACCCUGUGGCCAUUGCGCAAUGCUUUGUAGAUAAGAGAGAAGACUUUGAGAUAUACACUCAGUAUUGCACCAACUAUCCCAACUCAGUGGCAGCGCUGACCGACUGCAUGAGCAGUAAAACGUUGGCCAAGUUCUUCAGGGAGCGACAGGCUGCUCUGAAGCGCUCCCUCCCCUUGGGCUCUUAUCUGCUGAAGCCGGUCCAGAGGAUCCUGAAGUAUCACCUGCUGCUUCAGGAAAUUGUGAAGCACUUUGACUCAGACGAGGAGGGCUAUGAGGUCGUUCAGGAGGCCAUAGACACCAUGACCGGAGUGGCCUGGUACAUCAACGAUAUGAAGAGGAAACACGAACACGCCAUCAGAGUGCAGGAGAUACAGUCUCUUCUGAUUAACUGGAAGGGUCCUGACCUCACCACCUAUGGAGAGCUGGUGCUGGAGGGAACCUUUCAUGUCCUGCGGGCGAAGAACACCCGUACACUCUUCCUCUUUGAAAGGAUGCUCCUUAUUACCAAGAAAAGAGGGGAACACUACGUGUACAAGAUCCACAUCUCGUGCUCCACCCUGAUGCUACUGGACAGUGCCAAGGAUCCUCUGCUCUUCAGUGUCAUCCAUUUCAAGCAUCCCAAGCAACCCCACACAGUGCAGGCCAAGUCAGUAGAGGAGAAGCGUCUCUGGGCCCAUCACAUUAAGAGGCUCAUUCUUGAGAACCACAACACGAUCAUCCCCCAGAAGGCAAAAGAAGCCAUCCUGGACAAUUCCAACUAUCCAGGGAAGUACCACUAUAGUCCCGAGAGGCUGAAGAAGUCCUGCCAAGAUGACGACUUCCAUCUUGGAGGGCGAAAUGGGAGAAGGAGAUCAGAGCCUGCAAAACAAAUCAUAAGGACCACAAAAGCGGUUUUGAAGCAUGCAGACAGUGAAGGUGCACUGCUGGGGGAGAGGUGCUCCCUUCAGCCAGCCACUAGUGUCAGUACGCUGGCCUCCAGUGUAGGCGAGCCCCGGGCUGAGAGGUCAUGUGUGGAGGAUCUAAUUCCCAGAAGGGACUCUCUGGAGCAGCUAAGUCCUACUGACACUGAUCCAAAACUGGGCUCUCUGGAGUUCAAGAAGGCAGAGGAGGAGGAGGAGGAAAGUUACAAGGAAGAUGUACUGAUGGGAGACGACCAGGUAGCCGACUUUGCCAGCUCAGUGCUGGCAGCCAUCUCCUGCUGGCACUAUAGAGCCAGGGCUUUGCUUUCUACUCACUUCACAACGGAUGAUCAGAUCAAAGAUACGGCUGAACUGAAAACUGCACAGAGAGAGGAGGUAGAAACUCACAGGCAGGAGGAAAAACAUGUGGAUGUAGCUGUGAAAGAAACUCUCACCACACAGGUCAAUGUGGAGGAGCUAUGUCCACUAGAUCCUGACCCUCAUGCGAAGAAGAGUGAUCAGACGGAGCUACAUUACUCUCAGCGCCCUAAAUCCCACGUCUACCCACACUCGCAACAAGAAGCCGACGCACCAGAACCUCAAGAUACCUCUAGAGAAACUGCAGAGGAAGAAGAAGGAGAGAGUGAUUCCUCCAUUCUCCAAGUGGAGGAGACGAGCGUACUGACGAACGGGGAGCUGUCGGAGGAGGAAGAAGAGGCGCUUUCAGACAAUAAAAGCAUUCUACCUUCCUCUGUGUUGGACCAGGCAAGCGUGAUAGCUGAGCGCUUCAUCAGCAGCCUGUCCAGGCCGAGCAGCCUGGUUUCAGAGGACUUGGGUUCCCUCGCUUGCCCCUCACCCUCGAUAGAUAGUGACAUCUUUAAAAGCCCCUCAGCUUGCAUGGACUUAGAGCAACAGACCCAAAUGUUGGCCAGCUCUUCCCCAGAGCAACAUGUGACCUCAGAGGGUUAUCUGUUGACGCCUGUAGACAAUCCCGCACUGAACACCCUCAUUGAAGGGGAACUCUGGUCAACUCUCUCCAAACAAGAUCGCCUCCUCAUCCACAAGAUCAGAAAAUACUACGAGCACGCUGAGCACCAAGACGCUAACUUUAGCAUCAAGCGCAGGGAGAGUCUCUCCUAUAUACCAGCAGGUCUGGUUCGGCACCUGAGCCGACAGCUCAACAGUAUUCCUCAGGAGCAGGACGCCCCAGCCCACAGGAAGGGCCUCUCUCGGCACCGGCCCACUUCCUGGUCUGUGUUUGACUUGCCUGGCUUGGAAAAGAGUCGAAACGCUGGCACUCAUCAAAAGACUGAACCACGGAGAGCAGUGGGAGCCAAGGCUAGAUCUCAGAGCAUCACGGAUACCUCUACCACAGAAGAAGAGUUCAGACCUUCAUCAGAAAUGCACAAGGUUUGGCUGGAGAUGGAGGAGGAGAGCGAGGAAGUCCUGCAGAUUGCAGAGGAGACACUUGAUGACUCAACAUUAGAAGCGCCGCAGGAUAUCAGCGCAGACACUUCAGAUGGUAAAAUACGUAAACAACCAUCUCUGAUUUUAGAAGAGUCUGAAAUAAGCACCGCCUCAGAUCUCUCCUCCAGCUCAUCUCCCACCACAACCGUUCCAGCGGUGGAGGGGAGAUCCAGUCAGGACUCUACAUCUCAAGACAAGAGCCACGUCAGCCAAGGCCAACAAACCAAGAUCACUAGCUUCCGAGCAAGUCUGGACGAGGACCAGAUCCUGCAGGACAUGGGAAAGAUGAAAAACAAGGUGUUCCAGCUGGCACGUCAAUACAGUCAGCGCAUCAAAAGUAACAGACCAAUGGUCUGGCAGAGGAACCGAGAAAGAGCGAAUCAACAGGGCUUCAAGAGUAUGCCUGCAGUUUACGAAGAGAAGAUGCAACUGAGGAAAAAGGGUAAACCCAACCUGAGAUUGCCCUUGAACACUUGCAAUCAGGCGGUCAUCCAUGAAGAGCGUUCGCCAAGCCCGGUGCAGACCUCCAGCUCUGAAGCGAGCACAGUUACCUGCCCACAAAGCCCGCCGCCAGAGGCCAACACCUUCCACUGGCCUGACGUACAGGAGCUGCGCACCAAAUACACAGACACCUCCCACUCCUCAAAAGUAACCAGUAGCUGCACGGCCCUAAACGGGAUGCUCGAGUGCUGUACAGACGGGUGUAACGGCUGCUCACACAACUACAAUAGCUCCUCCGACCUUCACAGAGCUCCGACGGACUGUCCGAGCACACAGUCUGAGACAGUAUACACAGACAGGUGUGCUGUGGUAGAGGACUGGGCCCAGCCCCUGCUGUGCAGGUGGAGCUCCUUGGACCACAUGCUCGGGUCUCUUCCUCUCCAUGAAGUACAGAACCUUCAGGACCCUGUAAGGGCCUGCUACACAACCAGUCAGGUGUCUCUGAUAACUAGAGACACUGGCAGAGACGGGGACAACGCUCUCCAGGAGGGCCUGGACUGUGCCACCAAGUCCGCUGCCCCGGGUUCAGGAAAAAUGACAGAAAGUAAUCUCGUGAAAAGCUUACGAGAGAAGUUCCAGAGCUUAACCACGAGCUCAUGAACAUGUGAAUUAUGUACCUUUUUUAUUAUCAGGGACAAGUGAAAACAUUAUCUGUCUAAUGCUUCCCAACGUCACUUUUUCCUCAAUUUUUUCACCAAAAGAAUGCAACUUGUCUGCACAUUGUUUUCAGUAUAGGACACGGGGGGGGGGGGGGGGGUGAUGUCGGCACCAGGGAAACUUAAAGGGAUAUUAUUGGUCUUUGGUGGGAGCCACGAGGAAAGCAUAUUGUCUUUUAAAAAGGUAUUUUGCAAUAUUUGUACAUACGAGUAUCUGUCUGCACUGUACAAAACAAGUUUAUGUAAAAAUGUGUAUAUAGUUCCCCGUAUCAAUUGAAGAUUAGGUUCUACUUUUUUUAUUAUUAUUAUUAUUAUUAUUAUAUGCAUCUGUUGAUGAUUAUUGCUAUAAGCACUAUAGCACUAUUAUCAAUUAACAUGUAAACUGUCAGCUGCAGUUUCAGGGGAAAGCAAAAAGGAGCUAAAGUGUGAUUGACAAGAGAGCUGUGCUGUUAGCAAAGUCUCUGAGCGUACACCAAAGAGGGUUUCCUUUUGACAUUUGUUGACUUUUUAAUGCCUGUGGUCACAGCAGUGAUUUGCCUCCACGUUAACUGUAGCUGCUUCUAAAACUGUUCGAACAUAAUGUUUCACUGGAGCUUUUAUUUUUCUCAAUAAGUUGUAUAUUUUCUCUAAUGUUAUUUAUGAAGCUGUAUAUGUGGGAGAGAUUGGCCUCAUGUAAAUACUGACCCAUAGCAACCCUUGUUACUUUUCCAUUCCAGAAAAUAUAUUGUUUCAUACUUGAAUUUUCCCAUAUUUUCAAUAAAAACAGGAAUUGUAAGUUUUCA